AUGACUUUGGCCAAACAAUCACCACACACAGACUGCUGCAAGUGGAGUGGUGUACUAUGCAAGAAGAUCCCCAAGACAAAUAUCCGCCGUGUUAACUUCCUCGAAAUAAGCGGCUCAGAUGAGGUUGUAGGAACAAUCCCCACCACCCUUGAUAAACUCCCGUACCUCGAAACCCUCAUCUUACGACUAUUACCCAACCUCACAGGCCCAAUCCCACCCGUCAUCGGAAAACUCACUAGACUAAAACUCCUCUUUCUUAACUGGGACAACCUCAGCGGUCCCAUCCCAAAUUUCUUAAGUCACCUAACUCAUUUGGAGUCUCUUAGCUUGAACAAUAACCAAUUUACCGGCUCGAUUCCAGCUUACCUAGGUCGAAUCCCUAAUCUAAAGGGACUCGACUUGCAGAUUAACCAGUUAACCGGUAAAAUCCCAGACACAUUCGGUUCUUUCGCCACUGGUUUUUCCUUACAAUUGUCCUACAACAAGUUAUCUGGUACAAUCCCAAGGUCUCUAGGAAAGGUCAACUUCGGAACUCUAGAACUGUCACAUAAUCAUCUCACAGGUGACGCGUCCUUCCUGUUCGGGGAGGACAAGUCCGAGUUGAAUCACUUGGACUUGUCGAACAAUCGCUUGUCGUUCGACUUGUCCAAGGUAGUGUUACCCGUGGGAGACACUUCUAGCUUGCUUGAGCUUAAGUUGAGCCAUAACCAAAUAUACGGGCGGCUGCCUGCUUGGUUGGGACGUGCCGCAGGUUCAUUGGCCCAAUUCGACGUAAGCUACAACCGUCUUUGCGGGCCGAUACCGAGAGGGAAGCUGCAAGGGUUUCCUGCGGAAGUGUUUGAGCAUAAUUUGUGCCUGUGUGGUGCUCCCUUGCAUCCUUGCAAGUCUUAAACUAGCUGCGUGCAUAUGUUGUAAUAAUGUGCGUUGAACGUAAUUAGUUGUAUGCUUUAGCUAGUGUGCUAAGUGAGUUCUAGUUUUAGCUACGAGCCAACGAAUGUGAAAGCUGAAGAAAAAUAAUUGGAAUCCAUUUUAUUGCGG